AUGUCCCUGCUGCAUCGCCUUCAUUCGUGGUCCCACGACAGACGCGAACGCCGGCGUCGCAGCGACGCCAACGAACUCACGCCCAUCCCCAUCCGCUCAUCCUCAAACCGCCAAGAUGAAUCCAUCCCGCCCAUCCUGCCGCCAUCAGCAAUCCGCCGCCCCUUGACGCCGUCGUCUUCUCCGGGAGCAACAGAGAGCGCCCCGUCUUUUGCAGCCCAGUCCUCCCCGUUCUUCACCCUUCCCUUUGAGCUGCGCCGUCAAAUCUUCCUCUACGCCUUUGGCCGCCAGACCCUCCACAUCGACCUCGCCUUUCGCCGCCCCUUUGCCCCGGCGCCCUUGACGACGCCCGAGAAGGAGCGGCCCCACGCUCACAUAUUCUGCGAUCACAUGUAUUUUCACUCCGGCCAGGGCUUCCGCCGCAUCACCGUCGACAAGAGCAGCCCGAAGGCCUGGCGAUGGUUCGGCUGCGUCUGCCAUGCGAGGGCCGCCCAUGUCGGGUCCUUUGACCCCUCACUGACCGAAGUUGUGGAUCUGUCUACGGAUGGCUGUCUCACGGGGCGGACGGACUGUGACGCCUGGCCCGGGGAGUGGCCCGGUCGGUGCUUCGUUGGCGUCAUGGGCUGGCUGCUGUCCUGUCGGCAGGCAUACGUCGAAGGCGUGCAUGUUCUCUACAGCACCAACAUCAUCCACAUCUCCUCCAACCUGCUCAUACAGCGGCCCGAUGCCUUCCUGCCCGCCCAGCGCCUCGCCCAGAUCACAUCGCUCAGGUUCCGCUGGUACUUUAAGGAAGGCCACGAGAACGCCGCCGACGACGCUGCCCUGUCCAACAUGGCGCAGAGCAGCUUUAGCCGCUCCUACCUGCCGCCGUCGUCCCUGCGCGGCCCCGUAUGUCCUGCACUAAAGUACCUGCUCAUCUCCCUCGAAGGCGACUUCAUGGGCCUCUACGCCAAGCGCGACGGUGAGCGCCGCGUCCCCUUUGACAGCCCGAGGGAGGGCGCGCAGGCCAUGCGGGAGAAACUGCAGCCGGCCCUCGACGAGGUCGUCCAGCGGUUUGCCACUCCAGCGACGGAGUGCGUCGUGGCCAUCCCGUGGUCGUCGUACGAGACGUGGUGCCUGCUGGGAGGAGAUGUUGGGCAGCCUCGGCAAACAUCAAGGGCAAGUUGGCGCGUCGUGCCUCGGGUCUCCUUUGGAUUCGAUGCUCCGUCGCUGGCGAAUACCGCGCCCUGA